AGUCUCAGGCAGCAUCCUCCAUCCACUCCCGUUACAUUCCUCAUCUUUCACCGGCCUGGAUCAGUUUUCCUGAGCUCACCAACAGCCGGCUGCUUCGUCCCCUCCACCAGCAGACACGAUGGCAAAGUUCCUGACACAGGAUCAGAUUAACGAAUUUAAGGAGUGUUUCUCUCUGUACGACCGCCGGCAGAAGGGGAAGAUCGAGGCCAAAGAGCUGAUAACAGUGAUGCGAUGCCUCGGGUCAAACCCCACCCCCUCUGAAGUCCAGCGGCACCUCCUGAGCCACAGCUUAGACCGGGGAGGAGAGCUGGACUUCUCCACCUUCCUGAGUAUCAUGCACCGGCAGCUCCAGCAGGAGCUGCCAGAGCAGGAGAUUCUGGAAGCCAUGAGGAUGGCCGACAAGGAGCACAAAGGCUUCAUCCUGGCCUCUGAGCUGCGAGCCAAACUCACCGGCCUGGGAGAGAAACUGACGGACAAAGAGGUGGAUGAGCUGCUGCAGGAGGCGGGCGUUGGAGCUGAUGGGCGGGUCCACUGUGAGGAGUUUGCUAAAGCGGUGACACGCUGCCAUGCAAAGCACUGA